CGAAUGAAGUAGUUUGCCAAUGCCUUGUAAUGAUGCUAUAGUAACUUGGAUUAGGAGAGCACUCAUGGACUCCAAGGGAACUAGUUGGCUGAAAAAAGAGAAGAAUGAAGUAUAUGCUGAACCAGGCUCUUUGGUUCAGUUACACACAUCUACCAUGAAAGUAAAAGAAGAAUUGGAUGAGCAAGUGAACCAACAGUUUCUUCAAGAUCCACCAAGGAUUGUAAUGCCUAGUCUUCGUAUAAAGCAAGACCUAGAACUGAAACGGGAUUUAGAUGGCAUUGAGCAUGAUUGUCUUGAAGAUAAUUCGGUAAUCUCUCGGCCAAAUCAUUUUAUCAAGGAGGAUCCUGAACUAAAUUUGGAGGUGGCAGCCUCAAUAAGAAAUGCAUCUGAUAGUUUAAGCUGGCCGCUCUGAAAAUAAG